UUUAGAAAAAAAUAAAACCCGAUCCUCUCUCCCUUCUGCCUGUACUAUUCUUCCAUGGCGGAAAAACGUCUCAAUCGUAAUUAAAUCAAUUGUUCCUCUUGAUUCUGGUUCUUGCCAAACGUAAUUUCUGAAUAGAUGUCAACGAUUCCCCAAUAUGAAGGAAGAGCAUGAGGCGAUUUUAAAGAAGCGUGAAAAUCCUGAUUCUCACCUUACAUGGAGUGAAUACAAAUCAAUGACAUUCACUUUUCAGUUUAUCAAUGAAACAGUUAGGCUGGCAAAUAUAGUUCCAGGAAUAUUUAGAAAAGCAUUGAAAGAUGUCAACUACAAGGGUUACACCAUUCCAGCUGGUUGGGGUGUCAUGGUCUGUCCUCCAGCUGUACAUUUAAACCCUGCUAAAUAUGAAAAUCCCCUUGACUUUAAUCCAUCGAGAUGGGAGGGAGGAGAAACAAAUGGUGCAUCCAAACAUUUCAUGGCUUUCGGUGGAGGCAUGAGAUUUUGUGUUGGGACAGAUUUUACCAAGGUGCAAAUGGCUGUAUUUCUACACUGCUUGGUUACAAAGUACAGGUGGAAUCCAGUAAAAGGAGGGAACAUAGUUCGGACCCCUGGCUUACAGUUUCCAGAUGAAUUUCAUGUUCAAUUGUCUGAGAAAAGGUCAACAGAAACAUAAACUAUCAAUUGAUUCUGCUCCAGAAAUAUAGUUGUUACAAGUGACUUGAGCCGCAAUAAGGAAACACAUCAAUACAAACAUAACAGGAGAGGAGAACAAAUAUUUACAGUUUCUCCACCAAACAAGAGCAAACCGUGAAUAGCUUUCUUGUAAUCGUCAUAGCUUUUGUAUACAUUGUCUAUUUUUUACCCCUCAUCUUCUCGUCAAUAUGUGAAAGCACAUAUGAUUUGGGGAAAACCGGGUUAGAUGUCUUUCAGCAUGUAAAAUCAUUAUUGAAUUCAUGUCACCUCUCAUGUUGCAAAUGUAUAAAACAUCAAUACCAAAAUACAAAUAUCCCUAGCAUUAUACUAUAGUCUCUGCCAAUUAUUAUGAUCGAGCUACUAGAU